UCGCAGCGCCCCGAGAGCAGCUUGCUGUCACGGACCAACCGGGGCUCCACGACGCUGCCUGCGACACGCGGGAGCACUGCUCUAUUACCGUCACCCAGCCACGCACCGCCUGGGCAAAGAGGGCUGCCCCUCGGAGACGCUACCACCUGGGGCUCUCCGGGAACCUGGGCAACCAUGCGCGAGGACGCCCGCUUCCUCAGCCACACGGCCAACUCCGUCACAAACCACCAGAUCACCAAACGUCGUUACCGCAGCGCCGCCGCGAACCUGACGGACGCGGACACCCACGGCCGCGCCGCCGUCGCGAGCUUCUCGCACGUUCCCGAGGUGCGGACCUCGGUGCUCGCGCCCGUGGGCACCUUCCGGGCCAACAAAGACCUCGUCACACCACCCUCGACGCCGCCGGCGAGCCCGACGCCCCACGAUUUUGAUAGAUACGACCGGGGCCCCGGCCCCUACCCCACCGUUUCUGAUGAUGUGCGCAUCUCCGAGGCUUACAAGCUCGCGCCCCAAACGUUGUUCAAGGGUCCGGCGGGGCGGGAGCUGCGGCGGCAGAUGAACCGGGCGAAUCCGAGGGGGCGGCGGGGACCUUCUCUCAGACCGUUCGAUCGCGAUACGAAGCCGGGCGGGUGCCGGUCGGUGGAAGGACAACAGAAGACGCAGGAGCGGCUGACCUGGCUGGCGCCGCCCGUUUCUGAAAGUUCCGCGGACGCGUCCGUCAUCUGGGCCGCCGCGGACGCGCGAUUGCCAAAGGAGGAGCCCCCGCGCCUCGAGGCGAAGGCCCCCGCGGCGCCCGUGGGAGACCGGCCCAUGGUCAAGGCCACUCAAUCGGUAUCCCUCGACGACGCCGCGUCGUGGCUGUCCGACGCCGUGCCCAAGGAUUUCGACGGGCUCUUCGCCGGUCAAGCGCCGGCGCCGGCGCCGGGCGAGGAGCUCCUCGAUCCACCACAAUGCGACUACAAGGACAUCGAGGGCACCCUGACUACGUUCGUCGAAGCCAUUCCGCGGGGCGCCUACGACGACCACGAGCGGGCGACGUUGGAAAAGGUGCUCGGCACGCAAGCUUCUGCAAGACUUAUCGGAUUGAGCGUCCACUUGGUGUAUUGGAGCGUCAUCUAUCCAGCGUUUAGGGGCUCUGGAAGUGGUUAUUUGCGCCACGGCGCCCACGACGAAGAGAAUCAUGACCAACUCUACGCCGAAUGUCUGGCGGCCUUCGGGCACGUCAAGACGGACCUGGUUACGACGGCGCGCAGGAAGCGCGUCAAAGAUAUUCGUGUCAAUGGCGCUCUACUACCAGUCGUGGUUUUAGCUGUAAAAAGAUCCGUAGAUGAUAUUUUGUCAAGGACCUACGCCUACCUCAUAUUGGAGGAGGGUAGAGCUCUAUUACAGCAAGGCCUAGCAACCUUGAGCGAGAUUAUCGAUGCGGGCGAGUUCAACGCGCCGGUCUUCGUCGGCCACCACCGCUAUCAUACUUUCGAGGGGACCAUUAUACAUGUCCGGGAGGAUCAAGAAUAUGAUGUCACAUAUGAUGAGGGCGGGACGGAGACGCGCGUGCCCGCGCGGUUCCUGAGGCGGCGGACGGGGGCUUCGGUGGAUAAGGUGCCCCUCGUCGUCGGCGAGGCCGUGGAGGUCCACUCGGACCGCCACCGCGUGCCCGAGAUUUCGUACCAUCGCGCGGCGCUGGUUGGUAAUAGGCACCGGGCGACGUCGGCCGCGGCGACGGCUCUGUACGCCGACUCGCUCGACCCAAAAAUACGUAUGCUGGCGCGGCCCGAGAGCCGGCUUCGCGGCGCGGUUCCCAAAACGCCGGGCAGCGUGCCCACAACUGCUCAAUCUGCCGUCUACCGCGACCUCGCUUCCUCCGUGGGCUACUCCGCCCAACGGCCUCAUGUGAGCCCCUUCCCCCGAAAAGAUAACGGGCGAAUUCUCGCACGCAUGAAGCACAAGUACCGCGACUUGUUAUCUCAGAAGCCGGACUACACGCCGCACACGCGGGGCCCGGGCCGCGAGCAGCCGGCCUUCUGGGCCGUCGAUAACCACGCGUACCAGGAGCGGCGGCACGCCACGCCGUUCAACGGUGAUAGUCAUUUUAAGUAA